AUGUCAUGCAAGAUAUACCUACACCCAACUAAAAGUAUGAGCAACUACAUGUUAUGGCAGGAGAGAAGUAAUAAUGACAUGGCGUCUCUUGAGAGAAUGCUGGGUAAAAUAACGAAAAGUAUGGUUAAUGCAAGAGCCAGCAUGUAACUGAAAUAUGCAACGUAUAAUAUUGUGUUCUCAUCCCCAGCAAGUGCCUGCACAGUCUUAUCAAGCUGAGUUUACCCAGUUGGGCAGUAGAGAUGGAGACCUGUAUCCAAGAGGAGGUUUGGACGUAUUACCAAGAAGCACUAAAUAUUAUUACUAGUUGUGUGAGUUCUGCAAAUAAAUAGACACUUAAAUAAUUAACUUAAAAAUAUUUUAUGCACUUAAAGACUUUUUAAUAGCCCUCUAUUGAUCUACUCCUAUUGCUAUUCAGGAUGAAUAUCCAGAAGUGGAAUCAUUGUGGCUGAUGACGCAGGCUUGGAAUACAGGGAUCUUCCAGUACAGUGUGAAGAAAUAUACCGAUGCAGAACGCUGGUGUGCACUGGCCAUGCGCCUGCUUAAUUACAUUGGGACUUUAAAGAGCAGUUAUGAAAACCAG